AUAUCAUUUAGCUUUACAGCCAAGAAGAGUGAAUUAUCUUCUCUUGGUUCUUCUCCUUCCGCUGCUACCAUUUCAUAGGUGCUUUCAACUAUGGGGAAGUCAGGGAAGGAAGGAGGUUUCUGGAAGUCAUUGAACCCCUGGAAAUGCAGGUGUUUCUGUCCGAACAUGGAACGAAACCCCGAAACUGAUGAAGAGAAAUCAAGCAAGAAUCAUUCCAAUGCUCCGGUGAGAAACGAAUCAGGUCAUUAUGUGGGACCUUCGCCGAGUCCUCAGGCUGACUCUUAUAGUGGUAUGAAUGCUGAAGAACGAGACGAGAACCUCAAGGCGGCCAUUACUUACUGCAACAGAUGUUCAUCCCUGGAAUGUUAAUGCUCUAGUUCUCUUGUGGCUGUGCCUGUAAGAAUACACCGGCACCCUCUACCAUAGCUUUUGAAUUCAUGAUUUUUUUUUUUAAUCGGCAGUUCUUGAUUUAUGUUAAUUGUAUUAAGACAUAUAAGAACUUUGAUUCCCGUAUUGAAGAUAGGGAUCAUGUAGCUUACCAAUUGAAUUAAAAAUUCUUAUGCUUC